AUGGCUACCGUCGCCGCCGCCGCCCCCGAGCACAUCGAGGCGAUGGAGCAAGUUGAAGGGGAGGAGCUGGCGGCUGGAGCACCCGCCGCCGCUACCGCCGAUGACGUCGACGCGCCCACCGAGGCGAUGGAGCAAGUUGGAGGGGAUGAGGCGGCCGCCGCCGCUGACGACGCCGCCCAGCCGAUGGAGGAAGGCGAAGGGGAGGAGGCGGAUGCUGGUGCCGAGGCUCACAUGGAGGCAUCGGAGCAGGCUGAAGAGGAGGAGCAGGAGGAGGUCCACGCGGUGGCGGUGGCAGAGGAGGAGGAAGCGGAGGCCCAGCCGCUGCAGACGGUGCUCCCGCUGGGCAGGGUGAAGAGGAUCAUGCGGGUCGACAGCGAGAUAAAGAAGGUGACCGCCGAGGCGUCGCUGCUCAUCGCCGCGGCCACCGAGCUCUUCCUCGGCUCCCUCGCCGCCGGCGCCCACACGGCCGCCUCCCAAGGUGGCCGGCGGACGGUGCGCGCCGCGCACGUCCGGUCCGCGGUCCGCGCGCACCGCCCCACCGCCGACUUCCUCCUCGACUGCCUUCCAGCUGCCGCGGAGGCGGCGCCCCGCGUCGCCCGCUCCGGAUCCGAUGGUGCCGCCGCCGUCGCCGAAGCAGCAGUGCCCAAGCCGCUGCCACGCGGGACCCGCCGCAUCGACGGAUUCUUCCAGAAGGUCACUUAG